CUGUUGGACCUAGGUGUUAGAUCGUCCCUGUUGCCUUGGAUUAUCAACUUCCUAACUAACCGCCGUCAUCGGGUCAAACUUGGAGGAAAAACGUCAGACUGGUUGCCAAUGAAUGCGGGUGUCCCCCAGGGAACUAAACUCGGUCCAAUUCUGUUUUUGGCGAUGAUAAAUGAUCUCGAUGUGAAACCACACGCAACGGAUAUUUGGAAAUUUGUGGAUGACAUAUCAACAUCUGAAAAUAUCACAAAGGGCAGCAAUUCAAAGUUUCAGUUCUGUAUUGAUACUAUAAAUUCUUGGGCUUCGUGCAACCUUAUGAAACUUAACCCCAAAAAGUGCAAAGAACUACGCGUUUGCUUUCUGCGGGAAUCACCUGAUCUAUCACCAUUGUUGAUCGACGGUCAUGCGCUUGAGUUGUGCGGUCUCAUAAAGUCCUAG